AGUAAAUGUGAAGGUCACGUGAAAAAGCCGAAGAAUAUUUGAUGAAUCGACUAGUAACCUAAAACAAGGUUGUGUUUUUAUCUGAAUGAGUUAGAUCAAUUUCUGUGAAACUGCAUUGUAGCCCGACUCGUGGUAGAUAGCAAACAUCUUUUGAGUCAAGGAUGGCUGGAUGUUUGGAUAAUUUUCAAUGGCCUUCGUGUGAGUGCUGUGAGCUGGGAGAAAAAAGGAAUGCCAUUGCAUCUAUUGUGUCAGGCGCUAUGUUCUUUAGUGGUUGGUGGAUUGCCAUAGAUGCUGCAGCAGUUUUCCCCAAUGAAGCUGAUCUGCCUAAGGCAGCCCACAUUUGUGGAGCAGUUGGAACAAUAGCAUUAUUCAUGAUAAAUUCGGUAUCAAAUGGCCAAGUGAGAGGUGACUCAUAUUCAACUGGUUGCCUGGGACAAAGAGGAGCAAGGGUGUGGUUAUUUAUUGGUUUUCUGUUGGCUUUUGGCUCCCUUAUUGCUGCAGCCUGGAUUUUAUUUGGACUUUAUGUUGUUCCACCAAAUAACAUACCUAAUCCAAUGCCUGGAGUUCAGAUUUUCCUCCAAAAUGCCCUUAUUUUCUUUGGAGGUUUGGUGAUGAAGUUUGGAAGAACGGAAGAUCUGUGGGGCUGAGGAGUUGUCAGGACAAACCACCAGAUGUCACCUUCAGCUGGGAUUAUUUAUUAAAUUAUGUUUUUUAAGUGCAAUGAGAAACUUAUUGCAGUUCAUCGAAUUUGCGGGAUCUUUAAAUAUAAACUAGGACCCAGCAAACUUCAUAUAAAGGAGUAGAACUUGUGCAUAGCAAUCUUUUUUUGUUAGUAUUUAUACAUUUUACAAACAAAACAACGUAGCAAGUGUAUUAUGUUGUUGCAGAAGGCAUGUCUGUCACGUACUGGUAUGUAAAUUCUUUUCUGUGUGAUUUUUGCCGUCAGUUAUCCUUGACCGUUUGAAAUCUGUAUAAAUUCAAAGUUGUAAAUAUUGAAUGUUUUGGUGACUGAAAAUUCGCAUGGCAAUUUUAGUCUACAUUUCAGACUGUUUUCACUUUUCUCUUUAUUGUUAAAGAACAGUCAACACUAGAGUGUAGUCUGUACGUGUGGAUAAAAUCUAUUCUUAGUUUUAUAAAAUGUGUAAAAUAAAAACUAAAUACUCAAUA